AUGUUUGUCAGUGUUUUCCACGUCGCACUAUUGAGUUCAAAGCUCGCAGAGGUACCAUUCUGGCGCAUUCUUAGGGAUAGGAGAGGUGUUGACGAGAACUUCACGUCCACCGAUGAAGACGAAGACCCUGUCAUAUGUCUUGUAGAAACAAGCAAGGUCACUCCUACAGGUCCAUACAUGACCCUCAGUCAUUCAUGGGGCAAAGAGCAUAUCAUCACUCUGAACAAGCAGUCAUACCAAGACCUCCUACGUGGGAUGCCCCUAUCUUCGUUACCGCCGAACUUUCGCGAUGCUUGUAUUGUCACUCGAAAGGUCGGCGUGAACUACUUAUGGAUUGAUGCUUUGUGCAUAUUUCAAGACAAGGAUGACCUUUCCUACUGGAGUAGGGAGGCAUCACUGAUGCACAAGGUCUACUCUUUUUCGUACUGCAACAUAGUUGCUGCGGAAAACAGAGAUAGUUCUGAGCCCAUCUUCAGAACCCGAGAUCCAAAACGCCUAAUCCCGCCAACUACAGAGACUCUAGUCCGAAAUAGACUUUGUAGCUCGCAAGUUGAUGAACCCUCUUCCUCGAACAAGUAUAUUGUGGAUUAUGGGGGGUCCUGGAGCCCUGUCACCAAUGCACAUAUCAACACCCGCGGCUGGGUCAUGCAAGAGCGUCUCCUCUCCUCUACACUUCGGCUUUACGCAUCUUAUCUAUCAGAUGAGUAUGUUGCUGGCAUGUGGCGUAAAAACCUUCACAACGAUUUGCUAUGGUACGGAUGCCACAACUACGAAGAGGUAUCAUCGCGCUAUGAGGCAUACAUAGCACCCAGUUGGUCUUGGGCAUCAUACAAAGGCAAAGUAAUCACGAUGAACUAUGAACACGACAGGGUGGAGUAUCUUUACGAAGUGGAUGAUUGCAAACUGGAGCAUGUCACGGACGAUGAAAUGGGAGCGGUUCGACCAGGUUGGCUUCGACUUAGCGGACACUUGAGACAACUCAAGCUCUUACGCAGAGCAUCUGAAGGCAAUGACAUGUGGUCGCUAGCCAUCGACAACAUUGAAUAUGAUCCGCAACAAUAUCGCGACGGAGAAACAGCGAAUCUGUGGUCAUCAAUAUGGCUUGACGAGCCGCAGACAGACUUUGAUGAGGAAAGCAAAGGCGGUAACCUAUACUGCAUGCUGGCGAGGCAUCAUAUGUUCAAUGAUACUGGUGACGCUUCUAACAUGUGGGAUUUUCUUCUCUUCCAGCUGGUAGAUCCGUCUCAGGCUAUAUUUCGUCGAAUUGGCAUUGGGCGUACAAGGACAGGCAAGGUCAACAAUCCGUACCCCAUGAGUAGUCUUGAUGGAGGAGCGUCAUCAGAAUCGGCAGAAGAUGGUCACGAUACUACAACGCUUCCUUGCGCCGCAUAUGAAGGCGGUGUUCAUUCCAUAUACGUCAUAUAG